CCCCGCUCCCAGCGUCCCCGGGACAAGAUGGCGGCGCCCACGCUGCGCCGGCGCUGCGGCCGGGCGGCGGGGCUGUGGGGCGGCCCGUGGCGGGACCCGCUCCCGCUGCCGCUCCGGCGUCGAGCCCACCAGCAGCCGCGGCAGGCCCGGGGCGCCGGGGGGCUGCUGGCGGCGCAGUGCGAGCGCGGCCUCUUCCAGGAGGUGUUCCCGGCGCAGUGCGCGGAGGAGCAGCUGCUGGGGCUGCUGGAGCCGGGCCGCCCGCCCCUCACCGUCUACUGCGGCUUCGACCCGACGGCCGACUCGCUGCACGUCGGGCACCUGCUGCCCGUCAUGGGGCUCCUCCACUUCCAGCGCGCCGGCCACGACGUUAUCGCCGUGGUGGGCGGCGCCACGGCGCGGCUGGGGGACCCCAGCGGCCGGGAGCGGGCGCGGGAGGCGCUGCCGGCGGAGCGGGUGCGGGCGCACGCCCGGGGGCUGCGCGCCGGCCUGGGGCGGCUGUUCGAGAACCACCGGGAGCUGUUCUGGACGGCGGGCGGCGGGCGGCUGGGGCGGGCCGCCCUGCUGGACAACGCCUGCUGGCUGGGCCGGCAGCCGCUCCUCGACUUCCUCGGCGGGGCCGGCGGGCGGCUGCGGAUGGGCACGCUGCUGAGCCGGCAGAGCUGCCAGGCGCGGCUGCGCAGCCCCGAGGGCAUGAGCCUCGCCGAGUUCCUCUACCCGGCGCUGCAGGCGUACGACUUCCUCCACCUGCACCGGCAGCACGGCUGCCGCAUCCAGCUGGGGGGCGCCGACCAGAUGGGCAACAUCAUGUCCGGCUACGAGCUCGUCACCAAGAUGACAGGAACAGAUGUGUUUGGAAUUACUGUACCUCUUAUUACCAGUACUACUGGAGACAAACUGGGAAAGACUGCUGGCAAUGCAGUUUGGCUAAACAGAGAUAAGACUUCUCCGUUUGAGCUGUAUCAGUUUUUUGUCAGACAACAAGAUAACGUAGUUGAAAAGUACCUGAAACUCUUCACCUUCCUUCCUCUUGAGGAGAUCGACCACAUCAUGGAAAUGCAUGCCAAAGAACCUGAAAAAUGGGGCCCUCAGAAGCGACUUGCUGCAGAAGUAACCAAGCUUGUUCAUGGAAGAGAGGGUCUAGAAUCUGCUAAAAGGUGUACUAAGGCCCUUUAUUACAGCAGUGUGGAGGCAUUGGAAGCUAUGUCUGACCAAGAGUUACAGGAACUUUUCAGACAAGCUCCUUCAGCUGAAUUGAUGCUUGAACCUGGAAUGAACGUUCUGGACUUGUGUCGCAAAGCAAAUGCCAUUCCAGAUGGACCUAGUGGGUACCAGAAAAUUACACAUGGUGGAGUUUCAAUAAAUGGGAUUAGAGUAACCAAUCCUGAGGCUGUUCUUAUUGUCGGACAGCAUAUUCUCAAGAAUGGAGUAUCAUUGCUUAGGAUCGGAAAGAAAAAUUAUUACAUUAUAAAAUGGCUGCAGUUGUGACAACAGGACAUCUCUCUGAAAUGACAUAGCAUUUCGACUCUGUUGCUCAAAGAUGUACUUGAAGAUGUUUCUAUACUGUGCAUUACCACACAGCUCACAGACUGCCCAAUACCAUAGUUUCAUUCUCAUACACCAACGGAGUUCAAAUAAAGGCAGCUAAGUUACACCACUGAAGAAGUUUUUUAGGUACUCUGCCUUAUUCAAAGCAUCAUUUGUAAGAGGACAUGCACAAGAAGAUGAAUUUCAAAGUCCAAAGGUGGAGAUGCUUUUCCCCUCCUUUAACAACCUUCUGUGUUGUAGGAGAACAGUGGCUAGGUACUCUACAGUAUAAUCUGCAGCAAGAUGAGCAAAGGCAUAUGUGAAAUCAGUGCUUCUUGCAGAGGAUGCACGCUGCUGUUCAGCCUGCACAAGUGGGUAAGGAGGACCAACCUAUGAUCAACAUGUUUUUUUCUGAACAGGUUUGCUUUGAAGGAAGCUGCAGAAGAUUCACAAUAAAUGAGUACAGUGAUUAAGCCCUAA